UGAUGUCGGCAACAACUCCAGAUGAACUGGUGCAUCUGAUGGUGAAGAACCAGCAUCCUGUGGAGGUGACCAAAGAGGUUUUAUUGGACAUGAACAGGACUGAUCUAGUUGAGAGGCUGAUGGGGACAGACUCAGGACUUCAAGAAGAACACUCUAUGGAUGAAGAGCCGCUUUCACUGACCCAGAGGGUGGAAAAGAUGACAUCUGUUAUAGAACUGCUUGUGGAAAUUAUGGCUUGCCUAACAGAAAACCAGUAUGAGAUAUUCAAGCAGUUGAUCAGAUAUGAAGUCUACAAAACAUAUAAAUCAUACAACCCUCGUUUGCUGGGGCAGACAAACCAUCAGGACACUGCGUGUGUUACAGUUUCGACUUUUGGCCAAAACUCUGUUGUGAAGACGAUGAAGAUUUUAAAGAAGAUGAACAGAACUGAUCUGGUGCAGAAGUUGUUGGAGACCAGCUCAAGUUUCAAAAAGAAACGCUCAGAUGAACCACGCUCUGUCCUGUUGGAGAAAGCAGCAACAAUUGCAGCUGUUAAAGAGCUGCUUUUGGAAAUCCUGCAUUCUUUAAAUAAUGGGGAGUUCAGGAAAUUCAGGAAGUUUCUGCUGUCGGCCUUUCAAAAGGACUCCAAAGACAUCCCACUUUUAUUGAGAUACUCAAACGACCGUACAAAAAUAUUGGAUGUGAUGGUGCAGACCUACGGGCGACAGUCUGUGGAUGAGACCAGAGAGAUUUUAAAGAAGUUGCACAGAGUUGAUCUCAUGCAGAUGUUUUCAGAGACUAGCUCAGAACCCAAAGUGGAUGAGCAUCAACCUCCAGUCUUUGAAAAAACGGUAAAGGAAGAUGUGGAACAUGUUCUUUCGGAAACAUUGAGUGGUUUGAAAUUUAAGGAGUUUGAGAAAUUUAAGUGGGUGCUGCAGCUCACAUACUUCCAGAGGAGUUUUACACGAAUCCAGUGGCACGACAUGGAGUGGGCAACAACUCCAGAUGAACUGGUGUAUCUGAUGGUGAGGAACCAGCAGCCUGUGGAGGUGACCAAAGAGGUUUUAUUGGACAUGAACAGAACUGAUCUAGUUGAGAGGCUGAUGGGGACAGACUCAGGACUUCAAGAGAAACAUCAGCCUAAACUGCCUCAUCAAGUGAGUAAAGUAAAAUCAGAAACACAUUAAACAACAAGGUUUCCAUUUAUUUCAUGUUUUCGUUACAUGAACAUAAUUAUUCUCAUCUUGAUAGUAAAGUGGUGGAAAAGGUUUUCAGCUGCAGAUGGUAAAGAAGGAG